UUCUUCCUGGCAUUAACGCAGAGAGUUGCUAAACACUGCAAACGACGGGUAUUAAUGUUUCACUUGAAUGUCCCCAAACGGCAGAGGAUCAUUUCACUCACGGAUAAAUCCUUAAAUCCUUAAAUCCAGCGAUGGCGUGGACUUCCUGUAUCAUCUUGUUCCUGUCAGUGUGUGUGUGUGGGGGCCGGCGGCUGCCAGACCCCGAGCCUGCGAUGCACGGGGGGGUCCAGUCCCCCCUCUACCCCCAGCCGUACCCCCCCAACCUGCAGCAGCAGUGGGACCUCAGCGUGCCGGAGGGAUACCGCAUCACACUCACCUUCACACACCUGGACAUCGAGGCUACUGCAGGCUGCUUCUACGACUCCCUCUCAGUUUUCUACGAUACAAAGAUCCUCGGGAAGUUUUGUGGCCUUGAGAACUCAGCUGAUGGACAUCACCCCGGCAACCAGCCCAUCUUGUCUCCAGGCAACAGACUCAGCCUCGUGUUCCAGAGCGACGACAACAACCCGGAGCGCCGCCAGAACGUCGGCUUCUCCGCUCAGUACCAGGCAAUAGACAUAGACGAGUGUUCUGAUCCAGAUCCUGAAGACGGCUCAGGUCCGCUCUGCUCUCAGAUCUGCCUCAACACCCUCGGCUCGUACCUCUGCUCCUGUCACCACGGAUACGAGCUGCGCUCAGACCAGCGCGGCUGUGUGUUAUCCUGCAGCGGCGGUAUAUUUGAUGAGCCAGAGGGACACCUGUUCAGUCCAGGAUAUCCUGACCCCUCGCCUCAUGCUCUGUCCUGUCAGUACUUUAUUUCUGUAGAAUCUGGCUUCACUGUCGCUCUCAACUUCACUGACAACUUCCACAUCGAGAGCGUGGACACUGAGCAAGGAACAAUCUGUCCCCAUCACUGGUUGCAGGUGACCGUCCCAGACAGAGAGCCCUGGAAGCUGUGUGGAGGAAAGAGUCCAGGUCUGAUAGUCACAAGCUCCAACAGCGUCCGGCUGGACUUCCACACUGACGGGGAAGGCCUGAGCAGAGGCUGGAGCCUGGACUACAGCACACACAGAGUGAAGUGUCCAUUUUCUGGUAGUGUGGAUAAUGGCCGGGUCACCCCCGACCUGAGCGAGUAUUUGUACAGAGACUACAUCUUUGUGCGCUGCGACCAAGGAUACAAACUCAUGAUGGAUGGUAAGGAGGUUGACGGUUUCUCUACCAUGUGCCAAAACAACAGACAGUGGCACCUUCCUCUCCCAGAAUGCCACAUUCUUGAUUGUGGAGAACCUGAAGCUCUGCUGAAUGGAGGGGUGAACUUCCUGUCUGGCUCUCAGAAUCAGUUCCUUUCUGUUGUUCAGUAUCACUGUCAUGAACCGUUUUACUCUCUCCUUGGAGGCAUGAAUGUGGUCUUCACCUGUGAGGCCGACAGAAGGUGGAGAUCCAACAGCGAUAUCGUUGUCAGUCCAGCAUGCAUACCAGUCUGUGGCCAGCCCACACAGCUCAUCUCUGGCUUUCAGAGGAUCAUUGGAGGCGCUGAAGCUCCAGCCAAUACCAUCCCAUGGCAGGUGCUCCUGAAGAGUGGAGGAAGAGGAGGAGGCAUGGUGAUUGCAGACCGCUGGAUCAUGACUGCAGCUCAUAACCUAAUGUCUAACGGAAAUCCAGUAACGAGCGACACUGUAGAGAUUUUCACGGGACUCACUCAUGUUACUUACAUGUUGGGACCGCCUGUGCUUGCGGCUUCAAUCCACAUUCACCCUGAAUACAACAACUCCAACUACGUAAACUACAACCAUGACAUUGCCUUGAUAAAAACGCAAGACCCAAUCACAUUCAACUCCUUCGUUAUGCCCAUAUGUUUGCCAGCAGGGGAUGCCACGUACACUAUGGGCGAGUCGGGACUGGUGUCAGGAUUUGGCAUGACAGACACUGACACACACGUUCGGAUUUUGUCAAACCGAUUGAAGUACGUGCAGAUUCCUAUGGUGGGGCAGCCGGAAUGCAAUAGGUCCAUCACUUUGGAGCAGAGCACUAGAGCCAAUGUCCCCGGUCUGACAAAUAACAUGUUCUGUGCCGGGAUGCCUGAAGGGGGGAAGGACUCCUGCCAAGGGGACAGUGGGGGUCCGUACGCCACGUGGAAGGACCAACGUUUCUGGGCUGCGGGGAUCGUCAGCUGGGGGGUCGAGUGCGGGAAGAAGGGAACGUAUGGAGUCUAUACCAGAGUCGCAAAUUACAUAGAUUGGAUCAACAAAACCAUGCAUGAGAACUGAAAUGCCCAGUAAUUCAAAGACGUCCACCAUAAAAUGACUUAAAAAAACAGCUAAAUUUGCUUUUUACAUAGUCUUUCUGAGGUGAAAUAUAUGUAUUGUCACAGGAAAGCUAUAAAACAACAUCAUACAGUUGUCAAAAUGAUAAAUAAAGUCAAUACAGACCUAAAUGUGACUUUA